GAAACAUUGUCAAAUAAAUAUCUUGACUGGUAAAAAGUCACCAGACGUUUAGAGAAAAAUGUUUUCAUCGGGAUAUUUUCUGCCUUCCGGAAACGUUUCUUGUUAUGUGACAGGUUCUUCUGAAUUGUUAGUGCCUGGACGAGUUACUGCUAGCAGUGGGAUUCCUCAGGGAUCGGUUACGGAGCCUUUGGAUCCUGAGACGCUGGUGGGUCAACCUGACGUUCAGCAGAUAUCUGUAAGAUUGUCAACCACCGGAAUAAUAGAACUUGAAGAACAAUUCAAUUCAACAUGGUCGCCUUCCACGCACUGGAUUAGAGCUCUUCGACUUUCAGACGAUUGUCAUUCUUACAAUCUACAGUUAAAAUUACAACCGUAUAACUCUCUGAAGACGUCUCAACCGCCGAAACUUAUAUUACAGGCCAUGAGGCCCAUAGAAAUUGGACAAGAGUUGCAAUUGUGGUUUUCCGAAGAUAUUUUAGCGAUGUUGCAGAUGGUUUUUUUAACACCAGCAAAUAUACAAGGUCAAAAAAAGUAUGUCUGCAACCGUUGUUCAACGUUAUACGAAUCACCUAACCCCUUGAAACUCCACAUAACACUCGGUUGUGGAAAAUUAUCGAUUUCGACCCUAUGGAAAAAAUUAUCCAACGCUAUGAACGACAAUUUUCAAAAUGUAGGAAAAGAAGAAAGUUUUCAUUUUCAGCUCUAUUUGGGCCAACAAGUAAAUAAACAAAAUACGGCAAUGGAUUUAACUAAAAACACCGAGGCAAGCCGAUUGUAUAGACCUUAUGAGAAAGAAUCGUCUGCUUUUAAACCUUUCAAAAAAGAAGAAAGUAAUAAUUGUACUAGGGAGUAUGAUAGUCUUAGUAAGAAUGAACAAAUUAAUUUAGCCCUUCCACCUCCCCUACUUCCAACUUGUUUCGACCACAUGGCUAACCCCGUAUACAAUGACGAAGCCCAAAUAGAAACGUUAGUGAGCAGUUUAGGAAAAUCCAGACAAGGCCAUAUUUGUCUCUAUUGCGGUAAAUGUUAUUCGCGCAAAUACGGAUUAAAAAUUCAUAUUAGGACACACACUGGUUACAAACCGUUGAAGUGCAAAUUUUGCAGCAGGCCAUUUGGAGAUCCAAGUAAUUUAAAUAAACAUGUCAGGCUUCAUGCGGAAGGGAAUACUCCUUAUAGAUGUGACCUUUGUGGAAAAAUCUUGGUAAGACGACGUGAUUUAGAAAGGCAUUUAAAAUCAAGACAUAUGUUAGAAACUCAUCCUGGAAUGAAUUUAUUGGUAGAUUCUCCUGUUGAUAAAAAAACUACUAGCGAUGAAGAAUCUAAAUCAAGCACAAAUUAAAAAAAGUUAAAUAUUUUUUGUAAAUAUUUUGUAUAAAAAAAUAAUUUUGUGAAGAUGUUUUAUAUUUUUGUUUGUUGAAGAAUAAAUAAAUUAUUACCUG